GCCGGCUCAAGGUCACAAGACAAUCCACGGCUACAGACUCUACAGUUAGGAUACGAGGGCAAAGUAAAGCAGACGAAGUUGAAGGAGAGAUCUCUAGUCAUCGUAUAGUUACUUCCUCCUGAUCUCAGUAUGGGUCGUGCUGUACUUGUUUUGGUGAUCUUCUCCGUUACAUCUCAUCUUGUCCUUGGCCUGCCUUUCCUGAAGCAAGACAACAGGGUCGCAGCACGUCAUCCAGAUAUCGACCGAAACGCAAGGCAACUGAUCCAAGACCGUGGAUAUCCUGUCGAAGAACAUUACGUCACAACCAAAGACGGCUACAUCUUGACUCUCCAUAGAAUCCCACAUGGAAGAAGCGUUCAAAGAAAUACAUUAGCAGGAUCCAAACCUGUUGCCUUCUUGCAACACGGACUUCUUAUGGACAGCACGAACUGGAUACUUAAUUCAGCCAAUGACAGUCUUGGUUAUAUUCUAGCAGACGAGGGAUUCGAUGUCUGGUUGGGCAACAUCAGGGGUAACGACUACUCCCAGAGGCACAAGGCAAUGGAUAAAAAUCAUCCAAACUUUUGGGAUUUUUCAUGGCAAGAUAUGGCAGAAAUGGAUCUUCCCGCGAUGAUAGAUCACGUGCUCAAGAUAACCGGUCAGAAACAGGUUUUCUACGUCGGACAUUCUCAGGGUACACUUAUUGGUUUCACUGGUUUCUCGUCCAAUCAAACGCUUGCUAAAAGUAUCAAGACGUUCUUUGCUCUCGCUCCUGUUUAUACUGUGGCUCACUGCUCGGAUAUCGUGAAAGGAGCAGCCUAUGCGCUCCUUCCAGUUGAGCAUGGCCUUCAAAACCACGUCAGCGAGGAAUUUGAUCCAGGUCGGUUCGUCAGGAUGUUGAGCGACUUGGGUUUCUGUGGAGGUUUGAAUUCAGAGGAAUUCUGCUAUAAGGCUGGUGAAGCAUUGUUUGGCUUURACAGUUCAAACCUAAACAUGAGUCGUGUACCAGUUAUUGUUGCUCAUUGGGGAUCUGGAACCUCCUUCAAGAACAUGGUUCAUUUUGGUCAGAUGGUCGUCUCGGGCAACUGUCAGAAGUACGACUAUGGCUUUUGGAAUAACUAUUGGCAUAAAUAUGGACAAUUCACUCCCCCAAAGUACAAGGUAGAAAAGCUAACGACACCAACAGUACUGUACUCAGGCUCACACGACAAACUAGCCUCCCCUCUCGAUGUCCACAACCUGAAGCAGCGCAUCCAACAUGUCACUGUACACGCAGAGGAGAUUCAAGGAUGGAAUCAUGCUGACUUUCUCUUCGGCAUGGACGCCCCCCAAAGGUUGUACUCAGAUAUUAUCACGAGAAUGAAGGUUCGAGAGUGCUGCGAUAAGGUCUGUCAUGGCUCGUGUUCUACGCCAUCGUGUCAGUCACGUUGUAACCCAGCCAAUAGCCAACCAGUAGCUUUGUAAUUACACAAUAUUUACCAUUCUCUUACCCAUUAAGUUCCUUCUUAUUUCACAACAAUAUUGUAUGCUGCCUAUACAAAUGAGUGGAGUCUCGCUACAAAAUUUACAUUGUUUUAUAAUAUUAUGCUUUCCAAAAUCUUUUGCAAUUUCAAAAUAUUUGUACCAAAGUUUAUGGAGAUUUUCAAUAAAAUGUUAAUAACAGCAGA